UAACGGUAGUGACCCCGACGACAAAAAGGCUGCUCAGCCACACUCCAUUCUUUAUCGUCUCACAAUCCAGCGAGAUUGCCUGAACGACUGCUAUUAUCCAGCCACAACACACACCAGCACCACUGCCAUAGAAUCACUUAGCACAAUCCGUCUUGUAAGUUUUGCAUCGCAUCGCAUCGCAUUGCAUUGAAACAAUUGAAACAACCAUGUUGGCGCCCCAGGUGGAAGAGGAGAGUGGAUUCUUGGACGAGUCGCAUAGCAUGGCCAGCCAUGCCGCCGCAAAUCGACAUUCUCUCGACGAACGAGUGUCCAUUGGUACCAAGGAGUCCAAGGCGGUUUGCAGGAUGAGAAUGCUUCUGAUUCUCGUCUUGGUGAGCGUUGCUACCUUGGUCUCUGUGGGAGUCUUUUGGUACAUUCGCAACAAGGAACUCGAAGACUUUGAGACGGAGUACUACCAUCAUGCCCACAAGCUCACUACCGCCUUUCGAGCCAACGCAGCUCGUCGUGUGGCCGCGGUAGAGAGCUUUGCCACCAGCAUUACCAGUCUGGCCAAGCAAGCAGACAUGACUUGGCCCAAUGUGACCAUUCAGGACUAUGAGGCCCGUGCCUCGUAUGUUCUGGAACUAGCGGCGGUAAUGUCCAUUAUUUUCCUCCCAGUGGUAACGAAUGAGACUCGAGAGGGAUGGGAAGCCUACUCGAAAGAGACUCAGGGAUGGCUCAAUGCAAGUUUGGCAUACCAGGAACCCCGACUACCUGCCGAUCUCAAUAUGACAGAACAACAACUCAACCUUAAAGCAAUUGAAGCUCCUCCCAUUGGAAUUGUGGAAGGCCCCGAGAUUCGACCGUUUAUCUUUCAAUUCAACAUCACAGAUGGAUGGCAAAGAGAUCCUGGUCCAGGACCCAUCUAUGUACCCUGGUGGCAAUGGUCCCCAGUCUUCCCCACUCGCAGUCUUCAGAACUACGACACUCUGUCACAUCCCUUUCGAAGAGUCCACGUCACAGCCGCCCUUCGCACUAAAGAACCAUUGAUCAACAGGGCCACGAAUUUUGGUGAAAUCGAAGAGCGAGGCAAGAUGGCGGCCUUGAACUUGUGGCUUGCUCGUCGAACCGGUGCUCGCGAUUUCAAGUACGAAAAGGGACCCGUUUCCGAUCUGUAUGUCCCAGUCUUCAAGGAUAUUGAUGUGGAUCCAAACAGUACCAAAAACGACCGAGAGGUGGGAGGAUUGCUUACUUCCUAUGUUUGGUGGCAAAUCUACUUUCAAGAUAUUCUUCCAGAAAAUGCCCAAGGAGUCAUGGCCAUUCUGGAAAACACCUGCAAUCAGACAUACUCCUAUCUUAUUCACGGAGAAGAACCCCACUUUAUUGGUGCUGGUGAUCUCCACGACACCAAGUAUGAUGACUUUGUGGUGUCCACUGGCUACAAUGCCUUCUUGGGAGGCUCAGCAAACCCACAUGAUUUGGAACCGGGACAGUGCAGUUACCAAGUGAGGGUUUAUCCUACUCAAGAGCUGGAAGACACCUUCACGUCGAACAACCCCUUGUAUUUCACAUUGUUGGUCCUGUCAGUCUUUCUGUUUACAUCCCUCGUCUUCAUUGUCUACGACGCAGUCGUGGAGAAGCGUCAAACCGUGGUUUUGAAACAAGCCGUGCAGUCCACGGAGGUGGUGCAGCAACUCUUUCCCUCGACUGUUCGAGAUCGUCUCUUUGAAGAGGAAAAAGAAAAAGCUCCCGACCUUGACAAGUUAAUGUCGAGCGGAGAACUGGAGGGUAUUGACGAGAAGACUGCCAUUGCUAACUUACAUCAUAACUGCACAGUGUUGUUUGCGGAUUUGGCAGGAUUCACCAAAUGGUCUUCUUCACGGGAUCCGAAACAUGUUUUCACAUUGUUGGAGACACUGUAUGGGCUAUUCGACAAGACUGCCAAGCGCCGCGGGGUCUUCAAAGUAGAGACGAUCGGCGAUUGCUACUUAGCUGUUACAGGCAUCCCACGGCCGCAGAAGGAUCAUGCUAAGAUUAUGGUUCGGUUCGCAGCGGAGUGCAUGGAGGCCAUGAACCAGGUGAUUCAUGCAAAGCUUCUCCGGACUUUGGGCGAGGACACCGCUGAUCUGCAGAUGAGGGUGGGCCUUCAUAGCGGCUCUGUGACAGCUGGUGUUCUUCGAGGAGAUCGCGCCCGGUUCCAGCUCUUCGGCGACACCGUCAACACUGCUAGCCGCAUGGAGAGCAAUGGUUUGCCUGGAAAGAUACAGGCUUCUGCUGACACUGCUGAUGUGCUCAGAGCUGGUGGAAAGGGUGCUUGGUUGACGGAAAGAGCAGGAGGAGUAGAGGCGAAAGGCAAAGGCCGUGUCCGAACGUUUUGGGUGUCGCCUGCAGUGGAUCCAGGAACUUCAGGGUCCGUAUCCACUUUCCAUACUAACAUGCAGGCUCCCACGAGUACCGCUAGUGGCGUGAGUGCAACUAGCGGCAUGAGUACCGCUAGUGAUCAUUCUGGCGAUCAGUCAGGAGUUCCAAGUAAUGUUGGAGCGAAUGUCAAUGUCAAUGACAGCAGUGAAAAAAGCGGUUUUGAGUGCUGAGGUCAUAUGCCAUAGGAAUAAUUAGAAUUUUCACACUACAUAC